AUACAGUGCAUCAGCGAUCAGCGCAUCCUUUUUGUCUUUAUCUCUUCCCCCCUAAAUCGUUCUUUGAUUGUAGAAUGGACCGAUCCAUCUCCGGGGCUGCCUUAUCAGCUCCAAGUUACGCCCUUAGAUAGGCUCUGACAUUGCGAAAGCGCUAUUUAGGGUGGGAGUCUCCAUACAGCGCGGCCGCGCGUUUCUGCUGCCUCGCCGGCGAGUUGCACGUGACAGUCGCCAAACUCCGGCCAUAUCUCUCCUAUGCGAAUGUGACUCAAACUGGAAACCGUACGUUGACAUAUCUUCGGGCGCGAGCCAAGUUUCGGGACACCCAGUGGCCUUAUCUCCUCCCGGAACGACAAUGCGGCUGUUAUCGGCGAUUGCCUAUCUCGUGCUGACAGUCGCGACCGCAGCUUCCGGUCUGCGUCUUGGUGUGUCGGACCACGACCUGCACUUGGAGACAAGAGAGCUCACCGGUUUCUUCGUCUUUCUGGACGCUCCUCCGAACGAUACGGUGAACGUAGAGGUGACCGUUCCUGAAGGUGCUGACGUCGUCGACUUUCCGGGCGGCAGGAGCUUUUCUCUGAGGAACGCUGGCAACUUCUGGGUUAACCUAACGGCCAAAAGGGCGGGCCAUGCCACCGUCCUGCUGAACACAUCCGUCGCCAGCAUCGACACCAAGGAUGCUUUUGUGCGUGUUAGCGUGCUAAAGAUGAACUGGAUAGACGUCGUGAGCUCCGUCUUCGGCUGGAUCUACUUCGUGGCCUGGUCGGUGUCCUUCUAUCCCCAGAUCUUCCUCAACUGGAAAAGGAAAAGUGUUGUGGGACUUAGCUUCGAUUUCAUUGGGCUCAACUUGACCGGUUUCCUGGCAUACUCGUUCUUCAACAUUGGGAUGUUCUUCAGUAAAGACGUGCAGGCUGAGUAUUUGCUUCAGCACCCGACAGGAGUCAUUCCCGUUGAGAUCAACGACAUUGUGUUUGGAAUUCACGCCUCAUUCGCCACUUUCAUCACGGUUUUACAGUGCUGUUUUUACGAGAGGCAGGACCAAAGGGUGUCUCUCCCCGCGCGUGUCCUGCUGGGCGUGAUCUGGACGGGGGCGGUCGUGUUCGGCAUAGUCACGGUGGCCGGCGGCAACCCACACAGUCCGUGGCUUACCUACCUCUACUUUUUCUCCUAUUCAAAACUCGUCAUCACUCUUAUCAAGUACAUACCACAGGCCUAUCUCAAUUUUAGAAGAAAAUCCACAGUUGGUUGGAGCAUUGGGAACAUCCUUCUGGAUUUCACCGGUGGAAGCUUGAGCAUGUUACAGAUGUUUCUCAUUGCCUAUAAUUAUGAUGACUGGUCGUCAUUGUUUGGAAACUUUACCAAGUUUGGCCUGGGUUUCAUCAGCAUCUCCUUCGACCUCCUGUUCAUUAUUCAACAUUAUGUGCUCUACCGGCACGCGCCUGCCAUCACAGAGACGGACGCUGAUGAAGCGCGCCCCAUGGAAUUCAUCGCCGUGAAACGAACGGAGGAUUAGCAAGGCUACACAAUGCAGCGAAUACGAGGCUUGAUUGAAAAGUUUCCGGAAUCGCCUUUAGGGGACUUUUUUUUGCAAGAUAUUAUUAUGUCGCUGUGUUGGCCACCCUUUCGUAUGAAAUGACCACAAAUGUCAGAUUGAUAUCUUAAGAAGUCUGGCUUUCACAAGAAUUCAAGUCGAGCAACGAUGAACAUUUUGUAUGAUGGAUAAUAGUGAAAUUCAAGGGGUCAUCGAAAUUUUUUGCUUGGAGAGAAAAGCAUCGACGGAAAUCAAAUCCAGGUUGGAUGGUGUUCUUGGGGACUCAUCACCAAUCUUUUUCCACCCUGAGGUUUUGGGUUUCCGAACUCAUGCGUGGUUGUACGGACACAAAUGAUGAACCACGUUCAGGACGUACCAAAACGACUACCAGACCAGAAAUUCUGAAUAAAAUUUAUGACUUGGCUUUGGAAGACCGCUGAAUAAAAGUGCGUGAAAUUAAGCAAGCAGUGGGCAUAUCUUCUGAAGGAGUUGUUCAUAUUUUACACAAGAAUUGGGGAUUAAAGAAACUUUGUGCAAGAUGGGAGCGGCACUGCUUCAAUCCGCAGCAAAAACGCAUUCGAGCCCGAACGUCAGCCGACGGUUGGCAAGUAUUUCAGGCAAACUCAACAGAUUUCAAGGGACGUUUCGUAACUACGGACGAUACCUGGGUAGACCAUUACACGCCAGAAACAAAAAUUCGAUGAAAAAAUGGACGUCCCGGUGGAUUUGCUCCGAAGAAGCCAAAAACCAUUCAAUCGGCUGGUAAGUUGAUGGCAUCAGUCUUUUGGUACGCCAAAGAUAUUUUGCUCAUUGAUUAUCUUUAAAAGGGUAGAAAUGUCACUGGUCAAUACCACACAAACACUUCUGCACAAGGUAAAACAAGUAAUUAAAAAAAAAAAAAGAUUAUCGGGAAUGGUCAAGAAACGGGUGGUUUUUCACGACGACGAUGCACCCGCCCAGUCAGGGGCAGUCGCUGAGCAAAAACUGAGAGAAUAAGUUCAAACCCCUCCUCCAUCCACCGUAUUAACCUGAUUUGGCACCCUCGAACUUCAACCUAUUGCCGAAGCUCAAGACCUUCUGACUGAAAAUAAAUUUUACUCGAUUAAAGAGGCGAUGGAGGCUAUGAGCAGUUAUGUUUCGGAUCUCUAAGAACGUCACUUCCGGGAGGGAAUCGAAAAGCUUAAGAAACACUGGACCAUGUGUGCCGAGCUUCGGAUUGAUUAUGUCGAAAAAUAAAGUAUGACUUAAAUCA